GCGAGAGACGUCCGCAAGAUACAAUUAAUUGAUAUUGAUAUCCCGUUCUCUCCCUCCCCCCGCCCUUCCUUUUUACCAGCCUCGUUUUCUUUGCUUCUCUCUCCAUUCCUUGAGACGACGAGAGGCACACGAUGUUGCGGCAAACGCUGGCACGCUCGGCUCUGCGGACGGGCAGGCAGAGUUGCAAUGCUUCCAGGACGUUCGCGACCACCGGCAGGAGGCCAGCGGAGGUCCAGCUCACAGUCGAUGGCAAGCAAGUCUCGAUAGAAGCUGGUUCCGCCCUGAUCCAAGCGUGCGAGAAAGCCGGAGUUACGAUACCCAGAUACUGCUAUCAUGAGAAACUCAUGAUUGCUGGAAACUGCCGUAUGUGUUUAGUGGAGGUUGAGAGAGCACCAAAGCCAGUUGCUUCCUGCGCGUGGCCCGUACAGCCCGGCAUGGUCGUCAAGACAAACUCGCCCCUCACACACAAGGCCCGUGAGGGAGUGAUGGAGUUCCUGUUGGCCAACCACCCUCUAGACUGCCCCAUCUGCGACCAAGGAGGAGAGUGUGAUUUACAGGAUCAGUCAAUGCGAUAUGGCGCUGACCGAGGUCGGUUCCACGAGGUUGGAGGCAAGCGUGCCACCGAGGACAAGAACAUCGGACCUCUGAUCAAGACCUCGAUGAACCGAUGUAUCCACUGCACGAGAUGUGUUCGAUUCGCAAACGACAUUGCUGGUGCCCCAGAGCUUGGAUCUACGGGACGAGGAAACGAUAUGCAGAUUGGAACUUACCUUGAGAAGAACCUAGAUUCCGAGAUGUCCGGAAACGUCAUCGACCUGUGCCCCGUCGGAGCCUUGACCUCAAAACCAUACGCCUUCCGCGCACGACCUUGGGAGUUGAAGCACACCGAAUCUGUUGAUGUUCUGGAUGGUCUUGGCUCGAACAUCCGAGUGGACUCGCGUGGUCUUGAAGUCAUGCGCAUCCUCCCCAGACUCAACGACGAUGUCAACGAGGAAUGGAUCAAUGACAAGACCAGAUUCGCUUGCGAUGGUCUGAAAACCCAAAGAUUGACUACCCCCCUUAUCCGAAAAGACAACAAGUUCUUGCCCGCCACCUGGGAGCAAGCUCUGACUGAGAUUGGAGCUGCUUACAGAGACUUCGCACCCAAGGGCAAUGAGUUCAAGGCUAUUGCUGGAGAGCUCAUCGAGGCUGAGUCGAUGGUUGCGAUGAAGGACCUGGCCAACAAGCUUGGUUCUGAGAACUUGGCUCUCGACCAACCCUCAGGAAACAAACCAAUUGCCCACGGAAUCGACGUGCGCUCGAACUACCUGUUCAACUCCAAGAUCUGGGGUGUCGAGGAGGCUGACGCCAUGCUCAUCAUCGGUAGCAACCCUCGACAUGAGGCUGCCGGUCUGAACGCUCGUAUCCGUAAGCAAUGGAUGCGCUCUGAUCUCGAGAUCGGUGUCGUCGGUGAGACCUGGGACUCUACCUUCGAGUUCGAGCACCUCGGUACCGACGCGGCCGCCCUCAAGGAGGCCCUGGCUGGAGAAUUCGGCAAGAAGCUGCAAGCUGCCAAGAGACCCAUGAUCAUCGUCGGUUCGGGUGUCACUGAUCACCCAGAUGCCAAGGCCAUCUACGAAAUUGUCGGUUCUUUCGUUGAGAAGAAUGCUUCAAACUUCUUGACUGAAGAGUGGAACGGUUACAACGUCCUUCAACGUGCUGCAUCAAGAGCUGGUGCUUACGAAGUUGGUUUCACCACCCCGUCCACCGCCGUCGCGGAGACCAAGCCAAAGUUCAUCUGGCUUCUCGGUGCCGAUGAGUUCGACCCUGCAGAUAUCCCCAAAGACGCUUUCGUAGUCUACCAAGGUCACCACGGUGACCGUGGUGCUCAGAUUGCCGACGUCGUCCUCCCAGGUGCCGCAUACACCGAGAAGGCCGGUACCUACGUCAACACCGAGGGCCGCGUCCAGAUGACCCGUGCCGCUACCUCAUUACCAGGCGCUGCACGAACAGACUGGAAGAUCAUCCGUGCCGUUAGUGAGUUCUUGGGCGCCCCAUUACCAUAUGACGAUGUUGCCGCCCUCCGUGACCGCAUGGCCGAGAUCAGCCCCGCGUUAGCAAGCUACGAUGUGGUGGAGCCGGUGGCGUUGAAGCAGUUGAGCAAGGUGCAGUUGGUGGAUCAGAACAAGGGAUCCAAGACUACUGGGGAGCCCUUGAAGAAGGUUAUCGACAACUUUUAUUUCACUGAUGUUAUUUCAAGAAGCUCGCCAACAAUGGCUCGAUGUUCUGCGGCCAAGGAGACGGGCAACCCCGAGACUAACUUCAUGGCUCCCGGAUAUUCUUCCGACCACCCACAUGGCCAGAUUGCCUAUGGGGCAUGAUCUUGUAUUUUGACACUUUUUCCGCUACAUCUGGUGUUGGUUGUAUAUAUGGGUAGCAGUAAAAUACAAAAUCGUUCAAGUAGCUUUUCUGAUCCGAAUACCUUUCUGUCUCUUUUUUGUCCGAGGCAAAAUCUAUACGCAUGAUAUUUACUGUACAUCGGACACUGAAGGAACUUGUAUAAUAUUGUACAUUUGAACACCGAAGGGAGAUCAAAACGACCCG